UCAUUUUCCCAAACUGUACAUUGUCGGCUUUCCUUAUUCGCGACCUCGCUAUUGACGCCUCGUGUGCACGAGACUUAAUAUUAACCGGAGUAAAACGUAAAACCUGUCGGUCAGCUGCAAGUGCAGCAGUCGCGUCUUAUCUCUGGAGUGGACGGAUUUGCGCGUUCGUUUCUUCACCGAUCGGAUCCUCCUAACUAGGCAGCUAAUUCCUGCGGUGACACAGCAUUAUUUAUAUUCUUAAAGCAGCGUUAGUCACAGCUGAAGCUCAAUAGAAUGGGUUCGGUUUCCAGUACAAAAAGGCCCAUCAUGCCGUCAACACGAGACCUCGUCAACGAGCUGAUCGCGAAGGACUCGAUCGUCAUAUUCUCCAAGACGUACUGUCCUUACUGCACAAUGGCCAAGAAGGUAUUUGAUUCAUUGAAGAAGACGUACACGGCGGUAGAGUUGGACGACAGGGAAGACGCGCAGGAGAUACAAGACGUGUUGGGCGAAAUAACUGGCGCCAGGACAGUGCCCAGAGUAUUCCUCAACGGAGAGUGCUUAGGAGGCGGUACCGACGUGAAGAAACUGUACGAGAAUGGCGAGCUCGAAAAAAAAUUUUGAAUUUUCCUCGUCGAAGCGUCUUGUGAUCAAUUUCAAAUAAUUCGUUUGUAAGAAGGAGCAACCUAUCCUACCACAAUAAAUAAAAUAUAUCUAUGUUGAUGCGGAGGAAGAAAAAGA